GCAGCUAACUUCUGCCUAAAGAUUGCUCGAUACCCGCGAGGUUGUUGAUGACAAGUUUUUUGUAAAUCUGGCAAAUUAAAUUUAUUAAAUAGUUUUCAAUAAAAACUACUAAGAAAUAUAAGUUUAAAUUGAAAUAGGAAGCAGCUUGAUAGCGACUAAAUUGUCAUUUGUUUAUGUACUUAUUUGUCAAUUAACUGUCACCCGACAAAUCACAAAGUGAAAGUUGAUUUUGUGAUCUGUCAGGAUUAUUACUAGGAAGACGAUAAACAUUUCACAGAGAAAGUGGAUGGGAUGUCAUCAGAAAAAAGUCGCAAAGUUCUUGAAGAUAUCCAACGAGCCAAGAGCAAAUUAUUAAAGGACGGGGCGGCCGCAUCGCUAGGAAUAUCUUAUUCUUCCUCCCCUCAGCCCUCGGGUGGGACACCUUCAUUUAAUAGCGAUGUCCACCUUUCUCCUGCAACACGGUCUGCAAUGCAAGUUCUUCAGCAGGCUAGCAUGACAAGCUAUGGUUAUUUUGUCGCCCAAGAUUCGCAUUUUGGCAACAGUAUUUUGCCAGUUCUCCCGAGAAUAGAGCCUGCAGCAGCUUUAAGCUUUUCAAAUAUAACAACUGCCGUACCUUCACCAAUUAAGACUGAAAAGUAAAUCGUCGAACCAAAUUAUAUUUCACCCAAACUGACUGACCAAUGAUUAGACUGUAUAGUUAGUUAAAAUAUAUAGUUGUAAGUGUAGUUUAGAUAAGUCUUUCUUUGU